AUGCUCAUUGAGCUUAUACUUAAAAAGUCCACCACUACAUCUGUUAAGCUGAGUGAGGAUCUACAAUCGACAUUAUUCGGUGCUAGCUAUGAUAUUGUUCCGACCCCUGGAAAUGACUCUGUUGGUAUUGUGAAUAUCCUUCAGUUCGUCGCUGCAGAAUUAAAGUCCAUCGCAAAAAGUAAUGUUAAAUUGCAUGACAAGUUGAACAAACUGAACUCAGGGAAAUCCCUCGCUGUUUCUUCUGGUAUUCAGAGAACUUUGAUUAGUUCUUCUAGUUAA